AUGGCAUGCGCCACCAGGAUGUGCUGCAGUGUCGGCUACUACGUCUGCUUGGCUUCCAUCUGCAUCUACCUCGUCUUCUGCAUUCUGGCGGUUCCGCAGUACCGCUUCGUGGCCCUCAUGAUCUUCGCCUUGGUGGGCCUGUGCACCACCUCCGCAUGGCGCCUGCUGCCAUCGGAGCAGAUUGUGGUGCGUCAGAUGGCAGAGGUGAUGGCGAGACAGUGCUACACAUCCCCAACGGUGGCGGUACCGUUCAUCACUUCCAUGACGACCACGCCAGCUGUCACUGUUCCAUCGUCGACGUCUCAUGAGCUGUACAGAGUUUUGAUCUGA